AAUACCAACAACAACAAAAAAAAACGUGAUCCCCUCUUAAAUAAAAUGGAAAAUGUAGACGUAAAGCACGGUAAAAGAAGCCCAGAAAGCCCGAGAAAUAACAACAGAGAACAAGAUCGAUUCCUUCCAAUAGCCAAUGUAGGCCGGAUUAUGAAAAAGGUCGUUCCUGGUAACGGCAAGAUAUCAAAAGAGGCAAAGGAAACCGUUCAAGAAUGCGUUUCAGAGUUUAUAAGCUUUGUCACGGGAGAAGCCUCGGAUAAAUGUCAAAGGGAAAAGAGGAAAACCGUAAAUGGUGAGGAUAUAAUUUGGGCAAUAACAACAUUAGGGUUCGAGGAAUAUGUAGAGCCACUCAAACUUUAUCUUGUCAAGUAUAAACAACUAGAAGGUGACAAAGUAAAUAACAAUUUACCUAAGCAACAACAAUGCAUUGAUCAACAACAUCAAGAUAGUUUCUCAACUUACAAAAGUGUUUAUUCAUUGCCAACAACGAAUAUGAACACGCAACAACCUUUUGCAACGUUUGGUGAUCAAACAUUUAUGUUGCCAUUUUCGUCGAAUUCAAUUGAACCACAAUUGCAUCAUCAACAAGAAAGCGUCGAUUCCAUUGAGCAAUGGUAACUUCAUGCCUCUUCUUCGUCUUCUUCUUCAUCUUCUUAUUCCUUGAAUGUGGAUCGAAGUUGUAAUUUUUUUGUGUUUAAUUUUUUUUAACCACAUUUUGGAAUUUGGGACAUAAUAGAUAAUUUU